UCCCAGACUGAGUAUAGGAGCCGAGGAGAGAGCGAGCGAGAGAGAAAGGAACUGGGACUUUUUAGAGAAGCAGAGGCGGCGGCCGGGUGUAUUGCUGGUGUAAGAGCCCUGCGCUCCGGGGAGAUUGGUCGCUGCGAAGCUUUGAUCAGUCCCAGAAUAGUCAGCACAAGCCUUUCUCUCUCUCUUUUUUUUUUUCCUCCCAAAGGGAGGGGGGAAAAGGAGGAGGAAGAGGAGGAGGGGGGGUUGCGAGAUCCUCUGCGCUUUAAGGUGCAGCCUGCCCUACCGCUUGCAGGAAGAUGCGAACUCAGGGCAGCGGCAGAACCCCGGAGGAGCCGCUGCAACUACCUGUGUGGCCCCAACAGUGGCUGUGGAGACCUGAGCCGGGCGCGUCAGCCACCGCCACCAUGUGAACCCUUCGGAUCCGGUUCGGUUGUGCUUUGCUCCCUGGCCCGGCGUCCUUAAUGAGAAGCUGCUUAUUUUUUAAAAAAAGAAAAAAGGAAGAUUUAAUUAGUUUACACAGGCCGUGAUUCCAAAGACUGAGAUAACUGCUCUGGAUAAGCAAGAAAUUCACUGUGAGGCAUUGCUGCUUUUGUAAGAAACCAUCCAACAGCCUGGUCCAUCUGUAUGUAAAAGCUCUGGGCACAGCAUUCAGGAGCAGCAAAGGGCUCUUUAGCACACAGGGAACCAGGACGACAGCUACAGUGCCUUGCCACACCACAGAACGAAGUGGGAAAGAAGGAGAGAAACAGCAGCAUGGAUAAAGACAGCAUGGCUUUAGCUGACCAGCAAUAUGAAUGUGUAGCUGAGAUCGGUGAAGGUGCCUAUGGGAAGGUGUUCAAAGCCCGUGACUUGAAGAAUGGCGGGCGCUUUGUAGCCCUGAAGAGGGUCCGGGUGCAGACAAGCGAGGAGGGGAUGCCACUUUCCACCAUCCGUGAGGUGGCUGUCUUGAAGCAUCUGGAGACGUUCGAGCAUCCCAAUGUGGUCAGGUUGUUCGAUGUAUGCACAGUGUCCCGAACAGAAAGAGAGACGAAAUUAACAUUGGUAUUUGAACAUGUUGAUCAAGACUUGACCACUUACUUGAAUAAAGUUCCAGAACCUGGUGUUCCUAGCGAAACUAUAAAGGACAUGAUGUUCCAGCUGCUACGAGGGCUUGACUUCCUGCAUUCGCACAGAGUGGUCCACCGUGAUCUGAAACCACAAAACAUUUUAGUGACCAGCAGCGGGCAAAUAAAAUUAGCUGACUUUGGCCUUGCACGGAUCUACAGUUUUCAAAUGGCUCUUACCUCUGUGGUUGUCACUCUCUGGUAUAGAGCUCCAGAAGUUUUACUUCAAUCCAGUUAUGCAACACCAGUUGAUCUUUGGAGUGUUGGCUGUAUAUUUGCAGAAAUGUUCCGCCGAAGGGCACUUUUUCGUGGAAACUCAGAUGUUGAUCAAUUAGGAAAAAUCUUUGAUGUAAUUGGGCUUCCUGGCGAAGACGACUGGCCAAGUGAUGUUGCUCUCCCAAGGAACGCUUUCACUCCUCGUGCCCCACAGCCCAUUGAACUUUUUGUAACAGAUAUUGAUGAACUAGGCAAAGACUUGCUACUCAAAUGUUUGACAUUCAAUCCCACAAAGAGAAUAUCGGCUUAUGAUGCUCUAUCUCACCCUUAUUUUCAUGAUCUGGAGAAAUGCAAGGAAAAUACAGACUCGGAUAUGUCAUCGAGUCAAAAUUCCACUGAGAUGAAUACACCAUAAGGUUGUUUCAGCCUUAACCUACUGAGGAGCAAGACAGAUUUCUGUUUAAUAUCAUCAUCAAGGUUUUUAAAAUAAAACAUCAUAGCUGUCCAACUGAAGACUACUUCCUGGAACUUCAUAGUUGUCCAUGUGUUUCUUCAGAAGGACAGCCUCUUUCUCUAAGGAGAAGAACCUAGUAACUUUCAUCAGAGCAAUGCAAGUGUCAAGAUAUCCAGUAACUCCCACUGUGGCUUGAUGUUUAUUUAGUUCUGUCUGGAGAUUUCCAGGGGAACAGAAGCUGCUGACCAGUUUUCUCAAUAUUUUCUCCCUCUAACAUGGACACUGCCAUGGAUUAGAGUAAUCUACUUUCGUUACCAAAACACAACUUAAAUUCCAUCACUAGGUGCUGAAGUCUGAUUUGGUAUUCCUCUGAAGAGGGGUAAUAUGGUUUGCCUGUUUAUGUGCUUAAUUGCAAUUGGGGUGGAGAACAAUUUCUUAAAGCAAUAUUUCAAAGAAUGACAUUGAAACGCUGAGCCUCAAUAGAUUGCAGUUACAAGGAAAUGUGUACAAAUGCACCGGGGUUUUCUAAUCAACACUGUAUUCCUUCCUCAAUAGGCAACAUGGGAUUAUAAUAAUUACAGCACUUCAUUGUUCUUCAUAGUAACUUGUGCAUCCAGCUUAAAUGUAUAAGGGUGUUAUUAAUGCAUGUGACAUUAUAUGUACAUGUGACAGGAAAACGUAGGGUUUUAAGAAAAAAAAAUUGCAGGCAUCACUUCUUUAGUUUGCUGAGCCUAUGUCAGUGUACCUUCAUUCUUGUCUUUCAAUAGAGUUGUGAAUCUUUUAGACUGAUUUGUUUCAGACAUACAUUAUGUGCAACUUGCAAGGAUCAAGCAGAAUAAGAAAAAAGAAGUGUUCUUGUAUAAUUUUCAGUGGACAGUGGAAAUUUAUUUUUCCUCUCUCUGAGGGCAAAUCUGACAAAGGCUGUAAUCCUUCACCCCUUAGACUAAGCUAUACUGAUCUAGUGGGACUUCUGAAUAGACACGUAUAGAAUUGCACUGCAAGAUGGCAGUCCUGUGCUUUUUUCCCCCUGGGAGUAAGCUACACUAUACAUAAUACUUUGGAUUUCUUGUUUGGACCACAGUGGUCAUUACUUGUGUAAAUUCCAUUAGUUGAGAUCCUUUCUAAUAUUAUUCUGUUAGAUGUUAUCUGCACAUGUGGUUGCACUGCAUUGCACUGUUGUGCAAGGGAUCACACAAUGGGAGCUUCAAGCUGGUACAAGCAUUUAGGGAUUCCAUAUAAUCACACACACAAACAUUGCAACGGCUUGCUCAACAGUGAGCAAAGAGAACUACUUGCGCAAACAUUUUUAGGAUACUACCAUUCUGCAAGUCACUGAGAAAGUGCAACCACUUGUGGAAAAGAAGUUGUGCAAUUGCUUGUUAGGAUCCUGGCAGUUGAUUUUGAUGGGCCUAAUCUAAGCAUGACUGAAUCUGGAUUCAACUUAAUGGACCUUACGUCUGACUAAGCAUGGAUAAAUUGUGCUGUUCUCGUUGCUAUCGCACAGAUUGUAUGCAAAGUAAGCAAUAAAACUCAGGCGUUGGAGUACACAA